GUGAAAUAUUCAUUCGAUUUGUUGUGAUCGCGACGAAAAACUAUUAUUAUUAUUGUUAUUUCUAAGGUGAACCGGUACGUACUUCUAUUACGCAGUUAAUGGAGAUGUCAGGGAUGAUAUAUUCUCCGGUUCCAACAAGGAGGAACGUGACUUCGAGGUUCGACAUAAAGCAAUUCCUUCAACGAAGGAUACCGAUUCUAGCAUGGCUGCCUCUGUAUGGUUGGAGCAAACUUCUCCAGGAUAUUCUGGCAGGAUUGACUGUCGGUUUGACUGCUAUACCCCAGGGCAUAGCUUACGCAAUUGUGGCUGGACUCCCAGCUCAGUACGGCCUGUACAGCAGUUUCAUGGGAUGCUUCGUCUACCUGGUGUUUGGCAGCUGCAAAGACAUCACGGUCGGACCUACGGCAAUAAUGGCUUUAUUGUCGCAACAGCACGUUAUAAGACUCGGAGAUGACAUCGCGGUGUUCAUGUGUUUCGUAUCCGGCUGUGUUAUUAUGAUCAUGGGAUUGCUCCAUUUGGGAUUUCUCCUAGAAUUCAUUAGUAUGCCAGUUAUCGCCGGAUUCACCAACGCGGCUGCAAUAAUAAUCGCAGCCUCUCAGUUUGGUAAGCUUCUUGGUUUAAACGGCCGAAGCGAUUCGUUCAUCGAUGCCAUUGUUAAAGUUGUGGAUCAGGUUAAUGAAAUCACACUUUGGGACACAGUGCUGGGAUUCUGUUCUGUGAUCAUACUCGUUUGCUUGAAAAAUUUGCCCGGGAAGAAGAAUGGGACAGCGUUUCAGAAAUUUUUGUGGGUAAUAUCAUUGGCGAGGAACGCUGUGGUAGUCAUCGUUGGGAUAAUAUUAAGCUAUGCAUUGUUCUCUUACGGUAUUAAGCCUUUCAAAAUUACUGGAAAUAUUACUGAAGGCUUACCGCCCUUUGGUCUGCCACCAUUCUCUAUUGUAACCAAGAACCAUACAUACAGUUUCAUGGAAUUAGUUAGCGAACUCGGAAGCACCACUAUUUCUGUACCACUGAUCGCCAUCUUGGAGAGCAUCGCUAUUUCGAAAGCAUUCGCAAAAGGAAAGACGGUCGACGCUAAUCAAGAAAUGUUAGCUUUGGGACUUUGCAACAUUUUCGGUAGCUUUGUCCGAUCGAUGCCUGCCACAGGAAGCUUCACAAGGACCGCCGUGAACAACGCUUCCGGUGUAAAAACACCGAUGGGCGGUUUAAUUACUGGAUGCCUUGUGCUUUUAGCGUGCGGCCUUUUGACCUCGACUUUUGAAUUCAUCCCCAAAGCAACCCUCGCCGCAGUGAUUAUCGUUGCCAUGUACUACAUGUUCGAGCUACGUAUUUUCAGCGUACUUUGGAGAACGAAAAAGAUCGACCUCGUACCUUUGACGGUGACUUUGCUGAGCUGCUUAGCAAUCGGUCCCGAGUACGGCAUGAUUGCCGGGAUCGCGGUAAAUCUAAUUCUCCUGCUCUAUUUCGCGGCUAGGCCCGGAUUAUUGAUCCAGGAACGCGUUAUCGAUGGACUGACGAUCCUGUUCGUAUCACCAAAACAAUCGCUGAGCUAUCCAGCCGCGGAAUAUCUCCGCGAACAAGUGAUGUCCUGGUGUGACGGUAGAGCAGAAACUAUUCCCGUGGUAGUGGAAGGUCGUCACGUGCAUCGAAUCGAUGCAACGGUCGCCAAGAACCUUGCUCUUCUGCUGGCGGACCUACAAGCGAGAGAUCAGACGCUCGUCUUUUGGAAUUGGUGCGAGGAAGCCAAGAGGACUAUGAUAAGAUACGACGCGUCCCUGGCGAUGUCCUUCAGAACCUCCGGAAGCAUAGCUCAAAUAUUUUCAGGUAGAAUCGCGUCACCUCGCGUACCACGCGAGUGAAAUUCUGAAUCUAAUGAAUGUGCGGGACACUUUCCUUGGAAUUUUGGAAUGCGCCCAAGCGAGCACGGCUGAAGCGCUCUUUCAUCGAAAAUCGCGUGCAACGAAGCCACGUAAAUGCUGGAAAUAAUUUAUUUAAACGGUAAAAAGUCUGGCACGAAUUAGUUCUUUGUCAAACGCGUCUUCGAUUCAUGUUUCGGCACACUAGGAUAGUUUCCGUGAUGUUGUCUCGAGAUAAGAAUAUAGAAAAAAUUAAUGAAUAUUGUUUUUCGAAGUUUCGGCAGGUAGAAGAAAUUUUACAGGCUGUAUUCCUGACUGUUAAACACAUGAGAGAAUUUUUGCUGAUAAUACGCCACUUUGUCUACAAGGAAAGAAACCGGUAUAUUUUCCAAGAAACAUUCUGCCAAUUAAAAUUAAAAUGAAAUUCUCAAAAAAGGUGUAAAGUGUGUCCUAAAAUAAAAAAACAAACCAAAGAGAAACUACCUACAUUAUCUUGUUGCAUUACAUAUUUCAUAUUGUUUUGAAGCACAUCAUUCUAAAAAAAUGAUUAAUACACGGAGUUAUUAUACAGGGUGUCCCAAAAAUGUUGGAGUUCCUUGAAAGGGGUGGUUCGGGAGGUGAUUUGAAACAACUUUUUCCUUUGCGAAAAUGUCGGAUGGGGCUUCGUUAAGCAGAUAUUAACGGAAAACACUGACCAAUCAGAGCGCACAUAUACCGUUGGAGCGG